AUGGCGGGAGCAGUGCGCCAGCCUAUAGAUAUUCCCUCGUUGGAGAGGUACAUUGACCAGCAUGUGCCCGAGGUCAAGACUCCACUCGAUGUCAAGCAGGCGAGUCUGUUCGGCUUUGGUCAAUCAAACCCUACCUACUUGAUUACUGCCUCCGAUGGCAAGCAGGUCGUUCUGCGCAAGAAGCCCCCUGGCAAGCUACUCUCGAAGACAGCUCAUAAGGUCGAGCGCGAGUACAAGAUCAUCCGUGCACUAGGAGAUACAGAUGUACCCGUCCCAAGGGCUUAUUGUCUAUGUGAGGAUAAUAGCGUGAUCGGCACGCCAUUUUACAUCAUGGAGUUCCUGGACGGGCGACAUUUUACCGACCCAUCAAUGCCCGGUGUGAGUGGGGAGGAGCGGAGAGCACUCUGGAAGAAUGCAGUACAAACGCUCGCCAAGUUCCACAGGGUAAACCCCAAAAGCGUCGGUCUCGAGAACUUCGGCAGACCAACGGGUUUCUUCGACCGCCAAAUCGCAACGUUCACCACAAUCUCGAAGGCGCAAUCCGCCGUUCUGGAUGUCGACACCAAAGAACCCGUCGGCGAACUCCCCCACUUCAACGAUAUGGUUGCGUUCUUCUCGCAAAAGAGCACCCAGCCGCUUGACCGGGGCACGCUCGUCCACGGCGACUACAAGAUUGAUAACAUGAUCUUCCACAAGACGGAGCCGCGUGUGAUUGGAAUUCUGGAUUGGGAAAUGGCCACGAUAGGACAUCCACUCUCGGACUUCUGUAAUCUGACUAGCCCGUAUAUCAUGGAUGGUGGAGACAGCCAGUUGUCACAGUUCGUGCCGGGGGUUGUUCCAGGGCUACCGAGACGUGAGGAGUGCAUUGGCUGGUACGCCGAGACGUGCGGGUACGAGACGAGCUCGGACGUGGCGUGGGGCGAUGCGUUCUUUGCAUUCCGGGGAUCCGUGAUCAUGCAGGGCAUUGCGGCCCGGUUCGCUGCGAGACAAGCUAGCAGUGAGCGGGCUGGGGAGUAUGCGAAGAGGGCGAAGCCGUUUGCUGAGGAGGCUUGGGGGAGGGUUCGGGCUGUUAAGAGUGCUGGGAAGUUGUAG